AAAUGCGAAUUGAAUCAUACCAGCGGUGAACAGGAAAAUCACAUUUCGGCGCCGCUUACAGCACAGGAAAAUAGCAAAGAGGCUUUAUAUGCACAGAUUAUGAGCAUCCGAAGUCAGCAUACGCAGGAUGUUUGCAGGCUGAUCCACACUGUGAAUGUAUUAAACGAAAAGCUUAAGAAGUGUGCCAGUGAUUCAGCGGUUUGGAAUGCGAUGGCAUAUCAGCGGGGUUUCAUUGAUGGACACUGCGGAGCACUGAACACCGCGGGCAGUAUUUUAAGGAAUCAAUGCAGCCAGCUGUCAGUCCCUCUCGGUUUGCAAGAGGCAGGUGUUCAGCAGUCUCUGUCAUCGACAUUAGAGGCUCUUCCCCACAAUCCUAGUGAAUGUUUUGGUUGUACUUCUGAAGAAGGUACAAUCUUCAAUUUUACUUAA